CUCAGCCUCCAGCUCGUCCUCUAUCCAUUCAACUCGAACCUCCAUCCACCGCGCGCAACCCACGCCCAGCCUCGUUGCUGACCCGUCACUCCCUGCCCGCCCCUUUCCCCAUCCCGCCCACGUUCUUUGCCUCGCCUGUCCUCAGCUCACUUCGCCGAACGACCGCCGCCCACAUUUCGUUUCCAGCUGCCCUUCCUCCGGCUAGCCCCUCCGCCGUCGUCUAAUCUUCUACCGCCCGCGAUACGAACUCGCGUUGCCCAACGGCGACGUUACACUUUGUACGAAUUUCCCACGCGGUGACGAGGCCCCAACCAACCAACCGACAACAACCGCGCAAGACUCGUCGCUCGUCGUCCCUUCUCGUCCGCUUCGCUUGAUUCUUUGUCUUUGGUUCACGGCCUUGCGACGACUACGUCAAUCAGAGACAUUUGCGCGACCGAUCCUCGCAACCUUCCUCCCUGCCGGCUGGUCCUUGAUCUCUUUCGCACUCAAACCUCUUCUCCCACGAUUUUCACAACUGUCGCGCCACCGCGGGCAUCGCAACCACCGCUCUAUCCAGCUGGCUGGAGUAGAUCACAAUGCCCGGCUUCGCAGACUCGUUUUGGUCGAGCGAUUACGCCGCAGGCCUCGGCGUCCUGUUCGGCAAGCUCCAGCAGGGUGUGUUGGAGAACCGCCAGGUCCUCACGAUAGCUCGGUUGCGCGCCGAAGCUGAGGAGACCUACGGCAGCCGUCUAGGAGACAUUGCACCUGCGGCCGACAAGAUCAACGGGGGCUUCUCGCGGGAUGAUGGCGCGACCGUCCGCAAGGCCUACGAUGGCAUGCGCAUCGAGAUGCAGGAUGCCGCGCGCAGUCACCAGCGCAUUGCUCAGAGCAUUCGCGACCUCGUCAUCAACCCCUUUUCCCGCUGGUGCGAUGCUCACGAAGCCCGCAUCCAAGACUCACAGGACGAACUGCAAAGCCGCAUCAAGACGCACGAUCGCCAGGCCGACCUCGUCCGCAAGCUUCGAUCCAAUUAUUUCAACAAAUGCCGCCUCGUCGAGGACAUUGAGGAGGAGAACAAGCUCGCCUUUCAAGAACCCGAAUCUAGCCCCAAGCAAGCACAGAGUCAGAACCAGCCCAUCCCUGAGAUCAAGGUGCAACCGCACAAGGAGGAGGAGAUUGAAGAAUACGAGUUCUACGAAAUCGGCGAUGAGACGUACCAACCCGACCAGCUCAAGAAAAUACUCUCCCAGAUGCUCAGCACCAUCAAAAUGGGCGAAACCAAGGUUCCGAUCUUGGGCACGUACCAGAACACAUCCGCGGGCUCCGACAUUGUCGAAUACCUGCAGCGCAACAUGGGCGUCACCAGUGUGAGCUAUGCCGAGCGGGUUGGCCAGGACCUCGUUUCCAAUGGCUUCCUUCGCCUCGUUGGAAAUGUCGGCAGCACAUUUGCCAAUAGCUCCAGGAUGUUCUAUCAAUGGCGGCCCAAGGCCUUCAGGCUGGCUGGAGUGCCAGACAAGAAGCAGUCGCUGAACCGCACCUUUUCUAUUCCUGUUACGGGCUCCGACGGCGGCGACUCGCCUGUCGUCGGCACCGUCAGCGAGUAUCUCGCCAACUGGAAUGUCCUGAACAACCAGCACCCGAAUGAGACGCCCGCGCAGCGCCUCCAGCGGGAAUCGCGUGAGGCGGACGACAAAUAUAAGGCCGCUGUACGGAAGCUUGACCAGCUGCGGUGCGAGCUCGAGGAGUACAUCUUCAUCCACCUGAAGUUCCUAGAGCGUUGCGAGCUCGACCGGCUCAAGGCUAUCAAGACAGUCAUCCUCGACUUCUCCGGCACAAUCGGCAACGUCAUCCCCAGCCUGCAGUCCACGGUGGACAAGAUGCUGCUAUUCCAAGAAACCGUACAGCCCGUUGGCGAUCUCCGCUAUCUCCUCGAGAACUAUCGCACGGGCAGCUUCGUGCCGAAGGUUGUCGUCUACGAGAACUACUACAACAAAGUAGACGAGCAAACCUUUGGUGUCGAUUUGGAGGCCCGAGCCCGGGCCGACAAGAAGCGUGUGCCCGUUCUGAUCACAACGCUGCUUACCUACCUUGAUCACCACUACCCCGACCUGGAAGGCGAUGAAGCACGAAGAGGAGUGUGGCUUGUCGAUGUGCCAUUGGCUCAGGUUCACAAAUUGCGUGCCAGGGUCAAUGAUGGGAAACCCAUUUCCCAAGAAGUGCUGAGCGAGUACGACAUACCAACGAUUGCAAACCUGUUGAAGCUGUACCUCUUGGAGCUGCCAGACUCUCUCGUCAGCUCUCACGUGUACGAAAUCAUCCGCACCAUCUACACAACCCCGGCUGCCGACGGCACAGACGCUUCACGCAUCGCCGUCCUACAGCAGACGCUCUCACAGCUGCGGCUCACAAACAUUGCCACUCUCGACGCUUGCAUGAACCACUUCACCCGACUCAUCGACUUGACCUCGGCUGAUGACCAGUACACGGCCGCCUUGGCUACCGCGCUGGCACCCUGCAUCCUGCGGCCUCGGACAGAGACGUCGCUUACAUUGGAGGAGAAACACGCGGCGAGACUUGUUCGUGACUUGUUUGCUCACAAGGACCCCAUCUUCAGCGAACUGAAGCGCAUGUCCACACUAAACCACUCGUCCUCAGUCGGCCCCAGCAAUAACCGCCCUCGGGCUGUCAGCACCGAUGAAAGCAAUCGAAAGAUGUUGAUGGAAGAGCGGAACAGAGCUCUUCUCGAGAAGGCCAACGCAUCACGAAGCCGAGCCACGAGCCCGGCUCCCAGUCCUCGAGGGCAUCGUCGUGACCGAAGCAGUGGUGGACCGGAGACGCGAUUCCCUAUUCAGACGAGCCCAACAGCUGCGGACCGCCAGCGAGCCAGUCUCGGCGGUCUCGACUCUCGCAUCAAGCGAUCAUCGCUCGAUGUCCCCGGCCCUGAGGGCGCCGCCAACGGUGAUGCGUCCAACGUGACGCCUCAGGUACCCAAGUCGACUGACAGCGAGUCCGGCUCCGAGAAGCGAGACAGCGGCGGUCGGGUCGGAACCAAGUUUGUCGGCGGACGCAGGGUGCCCGCCUCGCCGCCCAGCGAGUCAACACCUACUCGGGGCGUGACACUCGAGGACAAACCAAUGGACGACUAAAUGCUAUACAAUCCCCCUCGCUGCUCGCACGGCGAUUUCUUGCGAGGCCGUCAGUCGACGGCGCUCGUGGGCAAGAAUAUGCGCGCACGCAACAUACAUACAUGUGGAAAUUCCCCCUUCGUUAUCUCGUUUAGUGGUUUUGCUUUCGUCACGUUGUACGGAUUCACGGAUGCAUGAGAGAGAGCCUACGGCAUUUUGGGUGUACGGAGACGCGUAGAAGCGGGCUCUGCCACGGCAGGCUCGUCCUCGUCUUGUUUUUUCUUCUUCUUUCCCCUCCAUACUUCCCCGAUUUCUGACUUUCUGUUUUGAGCCCCCUGUCGCUCUCGCUUCCAGCUUUCACACAAACCACCCCCCCAACCCCCCUUUUCGCCCGCUUGUCUGUUCUCGUAAUCAUCUCUCAGCGCCUGGCGCGGGUUUCGGACGGACGGUGGGGAUCGGGAGGCUCGCUUGGCGCGGCGUACAGUAAGUAGAUUGGGAGGGAUGGGUGAACGGAACGAACAAAAUGGGUUGGACGCCGGGGUGAUGGCGGUCGGUUGGCGCACAAUGUACGUUGUACGUAGCACGAUAUGACCUCCUGGAAGGGCGAAAAACUAAGAAAGAAGAGACGUCACAUGUGGUCCACGCGACGCUGUGCUCGGUACCGUGCUUGUCGGCCGUGCUUGUCGGGAGAGGACACAUGUUGCGCUGUCGAGAAGGUGCACAUACUGUAUACGCUGAAACUCUGUAUGACAUGGCCAUCUAUGCCAGUUGGAAAAAAACUUGUUUGAUGUGCAGUUGUUGAAUAUGCUCGACGCCCGCCAGACGCGUUGCCCUAUCUAUGUUCACUGAAGGUACCCCCCUUCUCCUCGGCCUCCCACCUCUUUGUCCCGCGUGAGUGUGCCAUCCAGCCCGCCGAGGCGGCGCACUGAUGAUGUCCAUCCAGCACAAACCCGACCCGACGCGUCAUCACGUCUCCAGCAUGUCCUGCAGCGCGGCCUCGUCCUCACCCAUGGGCUUCUUCGAGGCAGCCUUCU